GCAGUGUAGAGAUACUGUAUGCAAGAGAAGACGACAGGUGCCCAGAGGGAGCGACGAGAUACUCAGAAAACUGAGCAGGAACGUAUCACAGAACGAGCGGAUGGUGUUCCGAACUUCUCUUCCGCUAAUCACAAGCCGCGAAGACCGCACACCAAGGAUAGCCAACAAAAGCCAUACCCCUGCUGGCAAAAGUGCAACCUUCUCGUCCAAGAGCGUUCAGAGCUCUGAAAGGAAACUCUCGAUUGCUUCUGAUGGCCUUUGCGCCUGAACGACGCGAAAAAAUCGGCGGUAAGCUUGCCGUGCAGGUAGCGCCGAAUCAACCAACAAUCCCGAAAACGGUUUAGACGUGUCCGAGGUAUGGGCCUGAAAAAAUCUCGCUGACGACGCAUGGUUGCAAGCUUCGGGCCCGACGGUACACGGAAUGAUUGGGUCAUAAAUUCCUCUGACUCCUGGGAAAUCAGUCCAUCGAUUGAGCGAGCUUCCCGUAUGGGACAAAGGACCAAUCUCCCUGACGAGUGGUGGAACUUCCAGUGAAAGACGGGCAUGACCGUGGGAUGCCUAUCAUUACAGCUCACGUCCUGUAGGUCUCACCGUAAAGAUCGAGGUCCACAGUAGUAGCAGAAGUCGACAGUUUCGUCGAGAGAGAAGGUCGUGUUAUGGUUUGUGCCUCUGUGCACAUACUGACGGAGCAGUGCUAUGUCGUCCCUCCUCCGCCACACGCAGAAUGUUCCGCACAGUUGACCAAAGCUACCCGACUAAGCAGUGGGCCGCGAAGAACGCGAACGCGUUUGGGGUUUGUCGGCGAAAAUAAGUUCACGACAUAUCGAGCAGAGAUCUUGCGGGGUAAUAAGAGGAGUGGGGCGAGCGCUUCCAAUGAUCGCGUCGUCCGAUGCGCCGGGCCCACAGCGUCCGGUUUCGGUUGUCAUAGCCGACUGUCGGAGAGACCCCUAACACCCCGUCUACGACAUGGAUGUCAUGGCUGGCCGAGGUUGGUCCGUUGAUCCGUUCUAUAAACCGC